AUGCUACUUAGCGUUCCGUUCGGUUCGGCAAACCUCCUUGUCCUGUCCGCAGAGAGGGACAGUCCGCUCCUUCCUCCGCCGAGAAGCGUUUUUCGUCGCGGGUUUCGCGCGUAGAUUCGGUCCAUGUUCCACAUCAUCCGUCAUCGGGCGGAUCCAAAGAGACGAUCGUCGCGAGCACGUUAUUUCGAGCCACCUUUCUCGCCAUUCUUAUCCACUCACGCGAAUGUGUGUGAGCGAGAAAUGACGAUGAGAGACGUCCGGUUUCUACUUUUCGCAACGCUGUUCUUUUCGUCCUCCUUCGAGGCGCACUCACACCCGAGCCGUUUCACCGAGGAUGAUAACGGCAACGUGGGAGAACUCGUGAACUCGUGGCCGUUGGGCGAAGCUUUGAACGAGCACGACGCUCGUCGGAACGAGAUUUUGGAGAAACUGCAACAGGUUCUUGGUAUUCGAAGUUACGGUGAGAGAACGGGACGUCGUAAGGUGCCGCCGCAAUUUAUGGUGGAAUUGUAUAACAACGUAGCGGAUCCUAGCGGUGUUACGCGUGGCAAAAAUCCCUACAACGCCAAAGUCGUCCGCAGCUUCGUCGAAAGAGACACCACCACAUCGCGGUUUUACUUCUUCAACAUCACAGGUUUGGAAGUGAACGAAUCUGUUUUGGAGGCGGAGCUUCAUCUGUAUCGAAAAAGAACACCUUUGAAAGCUUUGCAUCCUUCCAUUUUAGCUUCUCCGUAUUACUUGAUAAGAGUGUAUCAAGUUUUGGACGAGAAAAGUUUGGACGUUCCCGAUCUUCACAGGCUGCUAAAUGUUAGAUACGUUGGAGCGCACGCGUCUGGUUGGCAGAUAUUCAAUGUGAAGCAAGCUGUUCUCGCUUGGCUAAACGGGGAGCCAAACCUUGGACUUUUAGUAACCGCUUCCACUUUAUUCGAGGAUCAAGUGAACGUGGAAUUUUCCCGACGGAAUGAGUAUCAUCAUAGCAAGCAACCGAUUUUGGUACUUUUCGACGACGACGGGAAGGAUCGUCGAGGUAACAACAACAACGAGAUCGAACAAGUAUUUCAUGAGGACGGGGACGGAGGGAAGGAUGAUUCGAGGAUGAACGAGUACAGCGAUGUGGAAGAGGAUCGUGGAGAAGGGCAAUUGGAAGAGGAUCGAUGGGAAAAUAAAAAUAAAUCCGAAUCGUUUCAAAGGCGGAGGAGAACUCAGAUGAGGGAAUACGACGGAGUGACUGAAGAUGCGCAACAUCUCGUGGAAGAAUCUUUCGGACGGCGUCGAAGGGAAACUAAGAUUGUUUCGAAAAAAUUGCACGGGAAGGGAAUUUCCUCGCCCGACACGAUAUUUAGAGGCGGUUUAACGUCGAUGGAUAUAUAUGAACGAGCGAUGAGUCGCGAGAGAAUGGCAGAAAGAGUUCGAGAAGGAUCGUUAUCGAGCGAGAAGAUUCGCGAGAAACGAUCGGCGAAAAGCCACGCAUCCGUUCGGCAAAACGUCACCGAAUGCUCGAGGCACGAGCUCUACGUGGAUUUCAAAGAGAUUGGUCUUUCCUCCUCUAUCAUUGCCCCGCUUGGUUACUCAGCUUUUCAUUGCAAAGGUAUCUGCGAAUCGCCAUUGAGUCAAGAUCAACAACCGACCAAUCACGCGACUAUCCAAGGAAUUGUUCAUAAAAUGGGACUGGUGAAAGGGGUUGAGAGACCCUGUUGCGUACCUACUAAGCUGUUGGGCACGACCAUUUUGUUCUAUGACGAUAACGAGAACGUUAUCUUGAAAGUUUAUCAAGACAUGAUCGCUGACCGUUGUGGAUGCCGUUAAGAAUUUCGUCGUCGUUUUUAGAAUCUGCGCGAUGAAACGUUCGUUCUCCUUGUGAAAGAAGUAGCGAGUGAAUUAUAUCUCGAUGAUAUUGAGAAAAAAAGGAAAAAGAAAAAAAAAAGAAAAGAAACGAAGAAUACACGGAUAUGAUAUGCGAGGAAAUGGAAAGAAAGAAUUGAAACGCAUGUGUGUGUGAGAGAGAGAGAGAGAGAAAGAGAUAGAUAGAGUGCAAGAGUGAAAGAAUACAUCAGGUAAAAAUGAUUUUUACUACACGUUAGCCCGUGAGUCAUUCCUAAAGGUUCAUCUGAAGAUCGCCGUUGUUAAGUUGUCGUCGCAACAUUGUACAUAAAAACAUUCCUAAAUUCGCGUAGGGUCAUGUGUAUCAAUCAAUUAGCACGUGUCUAUAUCGUCAUUAAACAAUUAAAUCCUGUAUCGUC